CGACGCGCUGAGUGCGGAGCGACGAGACGCGCUGCAUACCAACAGAGACAUACAAGAGCAGGCUAAUUAAGGCAGAAGUGGCGACUCGCGGCAGGUCAGGACGCAAAGAUCCCAUCCUGUUCUCUGUCACAGCAAACAUAUUCAUGUGAAGUCAUUGGACAGUUUGAAUUUUACCCUCUCUUCCCAUGCAUUUUCUAAAAUAAUUCCUCUUCUCUUCAAGGCACUGAGAACCAAACUAAGUGUCUGGGAUAUUUUUUCUUUCUGCUCUAAUAUUUUUCUGGUUGAGAGAUUCUACACAGGAGAAGAUAAACAGCCCCCUCCGCCUCUGUCUCUGACGGGGGUCAUCAAAAGGAAAAGUCAAGUGGAUAAGACUGAUGUUUUCGUCUAGUCACAUGUAGAAGCGUUGGACUAUUUGCUGUUGACAUUCAUCCACUGGGUCGUUUUUUUUAAAUGCACAAAUUCCCCGCAACGGCACGCUAAAGGAGGAAUACCAAGGCAUUUGGCUGCAAAACAAGCAGAAAAUCAAUCAGAACUCCAUCAUGGGCUGCCCCCUCUUGUGGAACGCGUUUGCUGGUUUGAUCCUGGUUCUGCUGUCGAAAGGGUCCAGUGUGCACGGAGCAGAAUUCGGACACCUGCCGGACAACAUUACAGUGUUGGAAGGAGAAAGCGUCACUUUGAGAUGCCGGAUUGACGAGGAGGUGACCCACAAGGCCUGGCUGAACCGCUCUAACAUCCUGUUCACGGGGACAGACAAGUGGUCGCUGGACAAGCGCGUGACGCUGGUCAACAGCAACAACAGCGAUUUUUCCAUCCACAUCGAGAAGGUGCAAGUAACUGACGAGGGGCCCUACACCUGCACCUUCCAGGCCAAUAACAAGCCCCGCAUUGCCCAUGUCUACCUCAUCGUCCAAGUGCCGGCCAGAAUCGUCAAUAUCUCAAAAAAUGUUUCAGUGAACGAGGGAGAGAAUGUAAACCUCUACUGUCUGGCAGUGGGUCGGCCUGAGCCCACCGUCACCUGGAAAGACCAGAAAUAUGGGUUGGUGAGCGAGGGGGAGUUUCUAGACAUCACAGAGAUCAAGAGGCAGCAGGCCGAGGACUAUGAAUGCAUCACCAACAAUGGUGUGGCUCCGCCCGAUCAGCGCAAGGUCAAGGUUACGGUCAACUAUCCUCCCAUGAUCACAGACAUGAAGAACAUGCCAGCCCAUCUGGGUAAAACAGCCAUCUUGCGCUGUGAAGCUAUGGCAGUCCCACCAGCCUCCUUCGAGUGGUACAGAGACGACCACAGGCCGGUAGAGAGUGACAACACCCUGAGGAUCAAAAACGAGAAGACGCGCUCGCUGUUGCUGUUCACCAAUGUGACAGAGAAACACUUUGGCAACUACACCUGCUUUGCCUCAAACCGCCUGGGCGCUUCCAAUGCCAGCAUGCUGCUGUUUCGACCGGGGGCCAUACAGGGGCGAGGGACCGGUUUACACGCAGGGAUGAGUGUCGGCAUGUGCGUUUGGGUUUCUCUCUCUGCUGUUCUUCUGCUGAAGGUGUAAAAGAUCGAGCAUCCAUCUGGAAUUGUCCCUAAAAGUCCCUGAAAGCACCAACCCCCCUGACCUCCUCUCCCACCCUCCCUUUCUCCCUCCCUCCCUCCCCCUCUACAGAAGGAAGAAGGAAAUGAAAUUCUUUAAUUACGAACCCAUCACUGUGAACAAAAAGAAUAUGCAUUAUUCCAGGAGCCAUUGAGUCAUUGCAUCAAACACACAACCACAUUAGACCACAUCACCAGCCCCCACCCGCUCACCCCCCCACUCCCACCCCCCCUCCCCCAAAAACUCCAGCACAUUCAAUUCAAUUUUGAGGUCAACUCACUGUCAUUAUCCCUUCCUCUCUUUCUCUCUCACACACACAGUCUGUCUCUCUCUUUGUGUCCCAGAAUGCCUUGCAGAUUUGUCUGACUUGGUACUUCCCUCGUUACGUUGUUAUCCCCUCAUUGUUACCACUGGGCUGAUGUUGAUAAAGAGUGUGCAUUAAUGAUUAUUGUGUCGGUGAUCAAUGAGAAAAUAGAUAAUCUAACAACUGGACGAUCAUUUAUGUAAUAUACUACAUAGACUAAUGACUGACCUACAAUGUUUGCCUUAUGGAAAUUAUACAUAAAAUCACAGUAUUGCAGUGCAUAUUUAUGGAAAUGAUAAUGUGGUUCUGGUGGUCAUCUGACCUUUUGAAAAAUGUCCAAUUGGGGGCCAUGUUAAGUGUCACCUUUUGAUCACACACACACCUACACACACACACACACAUAUGUAUGGCUUUUUGAUUUUAACUGUGUAGCAGUGAAUCUGCUAUGAAUGAUGUCAAAAUGUAUAAAAAACAAAAAGGGUGGGUGGUGACGGUGUCAGUCUUAACUACCCCUUUAUGUAAUUUGGGGGGUUUAUACCAAGGUUUCGCAUGUAGACCCCCUCACUACCCAAACCUUUUUAGCCACCCCCUGUCCCUCUGUUUGACGUGCUCUGUCUAGUCGCCCUUCACAUCGCUAUGGUGUUCUCUGCUCCGUGUCACCCCCACCUGGUCCCCCUCCUACUCCCUCCUCCCCCCUCCCUCUCCCCCGACCCCCCCACCUCCCAGUGUAAAUAUAUGCAGUACAGAGGCCAUGCAGGCGACCUUCAGUUGCCUGGCGCCGGACAACAUCUCCGAUCAGCCUCGACUACACUCCAGUCUUCUGAAGCAGGAAGAGACUGUCCAGUGACAACAAGACCUUCUGUUUCAAAGCUGCAGCUCCAUCCUCUGUGUCGCUUGUUGAUAGCAUGUACCGGUUAGAGAUGUUCCUGUUGUGAGUCCAUACUCCCCCACACUCCCUCCCUCCCUGCACUGUGUCUGUUUUACUCUGCAAGGUUACCUGCUUUUACUUUUUUGGUGUUAAUAAUACUACAGAUGAUGAUGUUAAUAAGUAUUUGAAUAACUAUGAAUAGUAAUUCCAUGUGAGAAAAAAAAUGAACAAAAUCUGAUGGUAAUGAGCUGUGCGUGGGAAAAAUAAUUUUUGUACUUUAUUCUGAGAAGUCACACACAUUGAUCGACUACAAUGAAAAAACUAACAAAAAAAAGAUGUAAAGUUUUCGAAGUGAUGUGCUCUAUUUUGCCAUGACAAGCUUUUUAAAAACACAUUUGAAACAGUCUAAAUGGAUUAUUUCAUUCGAGUCAGAAAGCGGUGAAUGAUGAUGUAAUUUAUAAUUUGUAACAGUUUAUGUAUUGGACCUUUUUUUUUUUUGGUCAUCUUGUUAACUGCAUCACACGCACAUUUACAGCAUAUUUGUCCACUUAUCAUAGUGUGUCUCUCUCCGACCAGCUAGAUAAAUGAUUUGGAUCCAUGUCGGUCUCUGGUCGUGGCUGUAAGUCAGUUCUUGUUCGGCCAGACCACAGGGAGAUAAAGAUGUAAUUAGCCAUUACCUGUGGCUGGCUAAGCGAAGGAGCCCGGGCUCCACCUGUCCCUCCUGCCAGCCAAUGAUGGCCCCCAUAAAUCAAGCUCAAUCCUGCCACUGACAGGAAUCCUCUUCAAGGACAACCUCGCCGUGGUGCACCAGUGCUCCCUCCAAUAUGUACCUGUGACAUGCAGGCAUGGGCACUACAAAACCCCCAUGGCACAAUUAUCCAGCCACUUUCCCCUUACAGCACAAACAGUGGGAGGUAAGCCCGUAUUUCAAUGCGGUGGCACUUGUUUCUCCGCUGAAACACUGUUCCACUCACAUGCAGCGACUAUAUGCAAAUUUGCCAUAACGAGCCUGCACGGAGAGAUGAGUUUACCCCGCCUGAACCCUGACUAUUGCGACCUUAAAGGGGAAUUACUCAGUAUAGAAUCAGUUGUCUGAAUGUGUUUUGUUUGAUUUUGUUUGGAACCAGCAAUAACCCCUAACUCUACUGUGCAAGAGGUAUCAGAUAUGGUUAAAGCUGUGGUGUAAUAUCUGAAAAAUUGCCAUUAACAAGGUAUAUCAAAUAAGUCUGUUGUUGUACUUUUACUGUGUACAGUACUCUGAAAUGAUUGUGAAGCUCUGUGUAAAUGGCACUUAAUUUAAAACACUUCAUGUUGUACUCAAAAAGUCUUCUGCCCUCUGCGAUGUAGUCGGGUUGUCUGUGUGACUGGCCACACACUUUUUGUGCAUGAAUCUUGUUGCUCCAAAAAUAAUGAUGGAUUCCAUUUCAAGCACAAGAGCAGGUCGUUCGGUCAGUGCUUUUUUUUUUUUUUUUUUUUUUUUUUUUGUCUCAAUCACCUUUUCAUCUGCUCACUAUUUCUGUCUUUUAUGCUGUUAUGUUUUUUUCUUUUCUUCUCUGUUUUUCACUCAUAUACUUGUCCAUGUCAGCAUCCCACUGGGUUUGUCAGUGGAAUAUAACAUCUGUAUGUACAUAAUCUGUCCUUGAUGAAGAAAAAGAACAAAAAACUGAAGAUAAAAAAAAAAACACGGACAAAAAAAUAACAUACUGUCAUGUUUCUCAAUGUGGGUUUGAAAAAAGCACGUCAGUGUUCGUGUAUGGGUGGAUUUUGAAAAAAAAAAAGAAAAAAAACAACAAGCAAACAUUGUAUGUUGUGUUCAGGUUUAUGGGGUUAAGGGUCUGGGUGGAGGGGAGUGCAUUGGAAUACGACUUGAAAUCGUAGUGGUGAUAAACACAAUGUGGGUAUUUGUACAAACAAGCAAAGCAAAAGAACAUGUUUUCAUGAGUCAUGAUGUACAGUAUGUAAAUGAGUCACACUUGUGGUGUGGGAGAGGAGGACCGGAGAGGAUGUGGGCAAGAAGGCAGCAGAUCCCCUGGGUUCACAAAUUGAGGGUAGAUGAGGAUGCUGUUGAGAGAGCACCCGCUCCGACGGGCCUGUGGGAGGAUACCCUGACAAUGCAAAUCCAAAAGCUGAGAACCAGGGGGAGAUGGGAUGACACUAACCAGACAGUGAACUCUCCAUUCAGGGGGGGAGGAAGACAGACAGGCACUCAUAUUGCAUCUCCAAACUUGAGCGCUGUGGUCUUUCCCAUGGGGAAGGAGUACCACACACUAUUUAUGCUUGCACUAUGUAAUAUGAAUAGCAUUAACAUAGCCUUGAUCACAAACACAGUCUGGCCUACUUCAAGUGUAUAAAUAACACCCCAAAUGGGGUUCAGUGAGUUUACAGUGAUAUAAACAAGACGUUUGCUCGGCCCCUAAUUACAUUCGGCUCACCCUGAUGAGAAAGUGUUGAUUGGCUCCUGUAGCUGAAGGUUAUGAUGAUCUGUUUACAGAAUCUUUGUUAAUAAGGUGCCAUGAAACUGUUGUUUAGAGCUCACAAAGUAGCACACAGUACACACAGUACAUAGCAUUGUAUUGCACUUUAUUGUCGUACUUCUUUUGUUUUUGCUUAUGGUAGGAUUUAAUUAAUUGUUUUACACAUGUAAUAGCAGGAAAAGGAGGUGAAUUUAUAUAGCUGUAAAAGAAUGGCUCUUCUUUUUUUAUUUUGUCAACAUAUCAGUGCAGUGUUAUGAAAUGGAUUUUAAGAACAGGGAUUGUAAAAUACUUUUAAAAUGCAGUUUUGGAUUACUGUGCCUUUGCUGAAAAGAGUCAGGUAAUUAAGCUCUUUAAGGUGUAAGGACAGAUACUGCACAUCAUUCCUGAACUGUUGCAGUAAAAUAGUAAAAUAAUUAUGGUGCUUUGAAGGUAGAACUAUAGAAUAGUAAAAAGAGUGUAUCCCCAGACAAGGUUUGAAUGUACCUCUUUAUUCGUUUCAUACAGUAUGUGGCAGCAGGCUCAGACUGCAGCCUCUCUUACAACACCCUCGCUACGUAGAACAGAUCCCAGACACACCUUCAAUACAGAGUGCAAUGGUUAAUCAAUACAUUCGACUGAAUGGCUUUGGAAUAGAGCAAUUUCUCCCCGGCCUGCCUUACCAGGUCCCUAGAAGCUGAAUUGAUCAAGUGUCUAUAGACCAGCCUUAGAACAGAGAGCAUAAUUCAUCAUGCCUGAUACAAGACACCCCUAAUUGCACAUCGAUUUUAAGCCCUUCUCUGAAACUAUUUGGGCAAGCUGUAAUGUCAGCUCAGUAAACUAUGUGUUCAGAGCUAUGGUUCAGAUCCAGGGAAUGAAGAAUUAAUCAUUUGUUUUUCUUCUCAAGUCAGUCCAAGCUGGUAUUUGUUGUUUGUUUUGCUACAUAAUGUAGUGUUAACCGACAUGCUCCCUCGGCUUUUACACUGUACGUGCAAUUUGGGUGGGUGCUUUAGUGUUUCACUAUAUUUUAUUAGUAAUGACAGAGUAACUUGAUCGUUUUGCAGUUGCCGAUGCCACAGCUAUUGAUACUAUGUAUCUAGAGGCUUAUGUCUGGAUUUAAAAUACACAAACGUAAGGUGUGAGCAUGCAAUACACAAUAAGAAAUUAUAUGUAAUAUGUAAUGAGAUAAUAAUUUAAUAAUAUAAAUUGCCAACGAUAUGCUACGCAGAGUGACUAUUAUAUAUGAAUGAUUAUCACUGCUCUAAAUUCCCUGCUCACAUCCUUUACAGCAAAGCAUGCCUAAUUCCCAUAUAUUAUCCUAAUUAUCCAUUGUUUACCAACUAUCUACAGGCUCAUUCAGUUCUCAUGGGCAAAGUCAAUGUUGCAAGUCUAUUAAGGCCUAGUACUUUUCCAUUACCACAGCUAAUGAGUACAUUAGUAUACAGCAUGCUAGAGAGGAUUGUGACAAGGAAAGUCUCCCUAACAGUGAACAUAAGUACACCUCAGGAGUUUGAAAUGACGUCAGAUUUGUUCAGUAAAGAGUCACCUGACAGUUGGAAGACGUAGGUGUAGGAUCCAUUAACUACAGUAAUUACACAGAGUACAAUAACAUCGAUAGAUAGAUAGAUAGAUAGAUAGAUAGAUAGAUAGAUAGAUAGAUAGAUAGAGUCAAUUUUAGUCUUGUGUUAGUAAUUAGCUGAAAAUAGAUUCCUUCUUCAUAUCAUGCGGUUCAGCUGUUCCUGUUCUGUAUAUAUUUAAAACCUCAGCUUGCAGCAAAGAUGUUGGGCCACAGAGCCACCAGCCUCACCCUCUUCCUCACUGCGACCACAGAUGGCGUCUUGUCAAUCAUUCACCUCACCUCAGAAGAGGAGCGUCUGGCUAAUUAACAGCGUGCUUUACUUCACUAGUUGAGCAACAGCAACAUUUGCAUGGACCAUGCAACACAAUGGAGGCAUCUCGCCCACCACGUCUCCCCUUGUCAUUAAGUCGCCCACCUCACGUCUCCAACAUAGAAAGAGUCCCAUUACUUGGCCUCUCUGAAUCACUAGCCCACGCCUGGCAUUUUCCUUGUCAAUCAAACAAGGGGUAAAUAUUGGUUGUGGUGGUGAGAACUGACAGGGGAAACUUGGAUUUCUUUCACAACUGACAGCACCAACUGGUAUUUUUGUGCUGAUUUAUAUUGCAGUUAUGAGAUGGUAGGGAUGCAGGGCUGCAGUGAAGUCACCGAUGCGAGCUACAAGUGUCUUAUUACCGUGUAAGGUGUGCUGGAGGCUGAGAUACAUGACAGGAUAUAUGAUAGGAGCCGGUCAUGUGCUGUGUGCCUCAAGAGGGCAAUAACAGUGAAUAGACUGCAGGAACCCUCACUGCAGAGUAAUGGAAAAUUUCUCAUUUGGAAACUAAUAACAAAUUUUACCAGAAGAGAACCCACCAUGUAUAAUUGAGGGAAUGAGUUGGCUUAGGUUAGUGUUGAAUGUGGAACCCAUCUCUCUCUCUCUCUCAGCCCUUCUUUUCUACUUGCUCUCACUCUCUCUACACCCACACACACACACACAUGCACACACACACUUACACACACAUUUAGUUUCCUUCAUUCUUCCUGUCCUCCGUUUCUUUUUGUGUGGAGAUAUCCUGUAAAAAGUUCUGCCCUCCCUUAGUACUCCAGGUUUGCCCGCUCUGCCAUUGCUGAUAUAAAUGGUGUGUCUGUAUGUGUGUGUGUGUGUGUGUGUGUGUGUGUGUGUGUGUGUGUGAGUGUACCUGUGCAUCUAUGUGCAAGUGUGUAUUGAGCUCCACAAUUAUCACAAGUAAUUCAAGGGGCUUCACAUUUGAGCAUUUAACAAUAUGUGUGCAUCUGUAUUCUUAUGAUCUGCACAGGGCAGACAUGUUUUGUUCAUUCAUAAUGCAGACACCUGAAUUACAGGCGUUUGUUACAUUUGUCAAGAUCUCAUCAGUGUAAACACACAAGACAGAAAAAAAAACAAUGAAAGGAACAAAACAUUUGUCUUCCACACUGACAGAUGUUCAGUGUUGUGAAGAGAUGAUUGUACUUCUUUUUGAUUCGUUUAAGUUGUUGAACUUGUCUUCUUUGACAUUUAUUUUGGAGUGUGUCUCCUUUUUUUUUUUUUUUUUCAAAAUCCAUCAAGUGGAGUUUAAAAUGAUAUCAAAUGGAGGGAGACAAAAAAAAUAAAAAUCAGUUUUGUUUUUAACAGAACUCACUGUGUGUGGUUUGUUGCUGGAAGCAGGGCUCUCUGUUGGCCCCUGUGGUUAGAAAGAAGGUGAGGUCAGGCGAGUUGCUUCAGCUUGCUUUUUGCUUCCUGCUGAGUAAAGAGUCUCUGCUUUUGUUGUGUUUGCAGGUUUGUCUCGAGUUUGUCUUGAGUUUUUUUGUUUUUUUCCUUUUUAUCAAAAUGUCUGAAUGUUUACUUUGAUGAGAUGCUGUCAGAAUAAAUGGCUCAUACAAAAUUACAUGCCAACAAAUGAGGAAAAUGUUAUUAGUGGGUGAUAACUUCAUAAUAGAAAUGAUCUGUAGUCAUUAUGAAUCAUUAAUAUGAAAAUCAAUCAUUCUAAACUAGUUUGUCAAGGUCCAAUUUUGAUUAAAACAGACUUUUUUU